CUGUUUCAGAAGCUCCAGCAGCAAAGACCUGCACAGAGAACCCCAAACAGAGGACUACUUGGCUGUCAAGGCUGUUCGGUUGGCCCCUGAGAAAAGAUAUAUGCUGUGUAAAGACUGAGUCCUCAGAUGGUGAAACUACCAGUAAAGCACCCCAGCCUGAGGAGAAAACCAAGAAGAAGAAACAGAAGACUUGGUGGAGCUUCAGAAGAAAAAAUCGAGUUUCUCCGAUUUGUGACGAUGACUUUCAGGAAGCUGUCAGAAGAAUAGCUAAAGCUCAAGAGGUGAUACAAAACCACCACAGCUACAUCCAAGGACUACAUGGGGGGAUGAACAGCCACAAAAAAGAAAAGGCUGCCUCUGAUGGGAAAAUAAAAGAAUCACGAAAUGCAGGAGACAAAAGGGUUAGAUUCACCACAGAGAUGGUCAGAAGUCUUGAGAAACCAGAAAACAACAGAGAGAAGUUCAACGUCCACCCCACUGAUGGAGCAACCAGCAUCAUGUCCCAGCAGGUCCUGUGUCCUGGCUUCCCGAACCCAGCCCGGAGCUGCUACAUGAACUCCAGCCUCCAGACUCUGCUGACACUCAAAGAGUUUGUGGAAGACGUCCGCUCCCAGGAGGACUUGUUUGGACAGUGUCAUGAGGCUGAGCUGAUGAAAUGUUUCAUGAACAUUGUUAGAUGUCACAACUCAGACAAUGCCCUCCUAAAGCUUCACAUCCUCAAUAAGUUUAAGAGGGUCAUUUCUGCGAAGGCGCCAGAAUUUGAGGAUGCUGGAAACAAAGAUGCCCAUGAGUUCCUGACAGCCGUCCUAGACCAGAUGGACAGCCUGGCUUUACCUCUGCAUCAGACGGCAGCCAUUGUGGGGGGAAACUACACCUGCCCCAUAGCAAGAAACUUUGCAUUCGAAAUGCAGAACACCAGGACAUGUAAAAGAUGUGGUGACCAGUCCAUCACACAGGAGAACUUCACCAGUCUCUCUCUGGACCUGAUUUCUGAACUUUCAGUGCAGCAGCUGCUCCAGAUGUACCAAAUGGAGACACAGCUGGAGUACAUGUGCGACUGUGGUGGAACGACAUCAGGACGAGAGACCACAUUUCUGACCCUCCCAAAAUACCUCAUAUUACAUCUGAAGAGGUUUAAGUUCACUGAGGACCUGCAGAUGAUGAAGCUGCAUGACCCCAUCAUCCUCCUCAAGGAGCUGAUGAUGACCUCCCACCAGGAUGAAGGUUGGUACAGCCUGGUUAGUGUCAUCAGCCAUCUGGGAUCAUCAUACGAUGAUGGACACUACGUGAGUGACGGGUUGCACCCGUACGAGGACCAGGACAACAACGCUGAGCGUUGGCUCCACUACGACGACGUAAACGUCUACUAUAACACCGGAGAUAAUGCCAGAGAGGCGUGUAAGAACACGUCAUACGUCCUUUUCUACCAGAGAAGGGUGUAGAUGAAGAUCUGAGACGAUCCAGCUCAGGUAAGUAUGGAGGCAGAUUCAUCUGUUGUUGUUCUGUGGUUUUUCUUGCAGCAGCCCUCAGGAGGAGGGGUUUACCCCAGAGAGCCUGGUUCCUCCCGAGGUUUCUUCCUAAUGGGGAGUUUUUCCUCGCCACUGUCGCCCAAAUUCAAACUCAUCUAUUUAUUCUAUUAGAAUUUAGAAUUUAUCAAAUCAUGAAGAUGAGUUAAUCUGACCGGCUUGCUCUCUGGAGGUUUAAAACUAAAAAUAGGAAGAACAAUAGAAAAACCAAAAACGGCCUCUAUAAAUGGAUACGUAAAUAAAAAAAACAUUUAUAAUUUAUGAAUAAAUCCACUAAAAGGUUUGUAAAAUUUAAAGCUAUAAACAAACCAAACAAAAUAAAUUGAGAAUAAAUUAGAUU